AUGCCAGUGCGGAAGAAGCAGAGGCGCGAUGUCGUUCGAGAGGCGGAACUGAACAGCAACGAAGACGGCGACGAGGCGCCGAAAAUCAUGGUACGACUUUUGGAUGAGCACGGGGAACCAAGCGGCACUCAAAUUCUGCUUCCCGCGUCUGCGACACCGAAGCAACUCGAUGAGCUUCUCUCGUCACUACUGCAGGACGAGGAGUUGAAAAAGACCCCGUACGCCUUUUUCAUUGGCGGCGAGCAAAUCAACAGUAGCGUGCAGGACAUUCUUUUCAGGAAGCAGAAAGACGAGUAUGUAGGACGAAUGCUGAAGGAGGGGCGGCGCGUGCGCCAGCAGGAUAUUGAGAAGCUCGAAUUCGCUGCGCCAGAGGAAACAGUGGUGGAGAUUAUGUACAAGCCUCAGGCAGUGUUCCGCGUUCGCCCCGUGACGCGCUGCGCCGGUACGUUGGACGGUCAUAGCGAGGCUGUGCUGGUGGUGUCCUUUUCUCCAGACAGCCAAGUGUUGGCUACGGGUGGCGGUGACAAGGAGAUUCGCAUUUGGGACAUGAACACCCUUACUCCCGUACAGGAGCUCAAAGCUCACACCAGCUGGGUGCAGGUGCUCUCGUGGUCUCCGGAUGGGCAGUUCUUGGUGAGUGGAAGCAAGGAUGGCAUUCUUGCCAACUGGACGCACAACGGUGAAUACAGCGGUUUCAAGUGCAAGAAGCACAAGGCGCACAACCACUAUGUGUCUCAUGUCUCCUGGGAGCCGCUGCACCGCAACCCACAGUGCGACCGUUUCGUCUCGGCGAGCAAGGACGCGUCGUUGAAGAUGUGGAACAUGGCAACAGGGCUGGAGCGUUCUUUAUCCGGUCAUCAGUCGUGCGUCACGUGCGUGAAGUGGGGUGGCGAGGACCGGAUCUACUCUUCCUCACAGGAUCGUACGGUGAUAGUGUGGGAUGCCGCCACCGGUUCGCCGUGGUGUGUGCUCCGCGGCCAUGCACAUUGGGUUAAUUUCCUAGCUCUUAGUACAGACCUCGUCACCCGUACUGGGGCCUUCGGCUACGAGGAUCUCAAAUUCAGCACACGUGAGGACAUGAGCGCGCACGCACGGAAGCGCUACGACGCUUUGGUGUCUCGCUUUGGUGGGUCGGAGCGACUGGUGAGCUGCUCUGAUGACAACACAAUGUUCUUGUGGAAUCCACAGCAGUCGGUGACGCAUGUGGCUCGAAUGACGGGCCAUCAGGGGAUCGUGUUUCACAUCCAGUUCAGUCCGGAUGGGACGAUGCUUGCCUCGUGUUCAGCGGACAAGAGCGUGAAGCUGUGGAAUGCCGCGGACGGCACGUUCAUCACCACCUUUCGGGGGCACGUGGCGGCCGUUUAUCACGUCAGCUGGAGCCUCGAUUCUCGCAUGCUAGUGUCUGGCAGCAAAGACACAACUUUGAAGCUGUGGUCUAUAGCGAAGAGGGAACUCGUCGAGGAUAUGUCCGGCCAUAGCGACGAGAUUUACGCAACGGACUGGAGUCCAGAUGGGCAGAAGGUGGCCACAGGAUCGAAGGACAAGCGCGUGCGCAUCUGGAUCCACUAG